AUGGAUAACAGCGCCGAGGAAGAAGGUUGCGUGGGGGAGUGGGGGAACGGGGGUAUCGACGACCCUUACUUUCCCCGCCAGGAUCGCUGGUGUGCGGCGGCUGGAGGAGGGGGUACAGCCAGCAGGGGAGGGGGUACGAGAGACAGAGAAGCAGCAGACGUCACACAGCCGCUAGACGUACCACCAGUGGAACCAGCAGCUACGCCGGAGAUUCCGCCAGCUCCGAGCGAGAAGGACGCGCGGGCAGCCAUGUGGGGCCGCCACGCCGCCCUAGUGGUGUGGGCCAACCUGCUGGCGGCGGGACUACUGCUCGCCGUGCUGGUCUACUGCUGGCCGCGCGCCCACGGGCCGUCCAGCCCGCUCUACGAGGUCCCGGCCAGCCGGCGCCCCGAACGAGGAAACUGUGCGCGGAUGUGUGUGAAAAAUGAGCCCCCUAGAGAGUGUUACUUCGAGUUCGUCGUCAGACCGCACUUCGUUGUGGAUAUACCCUGUGAGGCAGAUGUUGGACGGAACACCUCCAACUGCGACCCUGAGAUUAAGGCAACCUCUCGUCGGUUGACCUUCGCCAUUAACGGGCAGCUACCAGGCCCACCCAUACAGGUGUGCGCGGGCGACGCGGUGCUGGUGGACGUGCUGAACCGCCUGCCGGGCCGCCAGCUCGCGCUGCACUGGCACGGCGCGCGCCAGAAGGGCACUCCCCACAUGGACGGCGUCGCCAUGGUCACGCAGUGCCCCAUCCCCUCCUCGGGCCGCUUCACGUACUCAUUCCGCGCCACCGAGCCGGGCACGCACUUCUACCGCGCGCACGCCGCGUCGCAGCACGCGGCGGGAGUGUUCGGCGCCCUGGUGGUGCGGCAGCCGCCGGAAGACGACCCCCACUCCGGUCUCCGGGACCACGACCUGCCCGAGCACACCUUGCUGCUCCACUCCCGCCGGAGUGGCCGGGGCGAGGCGGGACCCGCGACCUUGGACGUCUCCUCCUUGACGGCGGCCGGGGCCCGCGCCAGACCGCGGCUGGCCCCGGGGUCCAGACACCUGCUACGGCUGGUGAACGCCGCGGCGGCCGACUGCCCGGCGCUGCUGGGGCUCGACUACCACCCGCUGCUCGUCGUGGCCAAGGACGGCGGCUCCUGCGAGCCCCUGGCCGUGCGGCGCCUCGUCCUGCUGCCCGGCGAAAGGUACGACGUCGUAGUCAACGCGAACCAGACGGCUUCUUCUUCGUACAAGUUGAGGAUCAAAGGCUACAACGCCUGCUCGGGCAGCUACGAAGAGACUGACCUCGUGUACCUCGCAGCCAGCGCCAAUGAAUCGGCCGAGGACCAACAGCGGCCCGCAGACAAGGACGAGAAGCGCUCCUUCCUGGAGGCGUGCCCUGACGCCCUGGCGUGCCGGCCGCCCCUGCAGGCACUCGGCGCGGCGGGACUGCGCCCCCGGCCCGCCGACGUGAGGCUGUACCUGCCCUUCGACGUGAACCCGGCGGGCGACUUCGACGGCCGCGUCGACUUCCGCUACCUGCACGACGGCGCGCCCUACUACCCGGCAUACCUGAGCGCCGCCGCCGCCGUGCCGCAGUUCGGCCGAGUGUCGUUCCUGCCCCCCUCCUCGCCGCUGCUGAGCCAGCUGCGCGACGUGGACCCGGCCACGCUGUGCUCCGAGGGCCCCGAGUGCGACGCGCGGGCCUUAACCAAGGGCUUCUGCGAGUGCACGCACGUGGUGGCCGUCCCUCUGGGCGCCAGCGUCGAGAUCCUGCUCGUCGACCUGGGCCACGGCAGCAACGAGUCCCGGACCUUCCACCUGCACGGGCUGGGGUUCCGGGAGCUGGGGUCGCGGGCUCUCGGCCGGGCCCUGGGACACUCGGAGGUGCUGCUGAUGGACUCCCGGGAGCUGCCCCUCGCCGCGGCCCCGUCGCCCUUAGUGGACACCGCCGCGGUGCCCAACAAGGGCUACUCCGUCUGGCGACUGCGCGCUGACAACCCGGGUUUCUGGCUGCUGGAGUCGCGGGGCCGCGGCGGCGGAGACGUGGCGGACGACUCCGGCGCCGGCCCGCAGCUGGUCCUGCGGGUCGGCCGAGACGAGGACAUCCCUGCCGCCCCUGCCGGCUUCCCGCGCUGCGGCACCUUCAAGGGCCCCGACUUCCUGUUCACGUGACUUCCGCGCCUGCACGGGGGCCGCGAGGCACCGCCUCCCGGAAGCCUACCACUCACGUAGUUUCGGUUCCUCACCUCCCCCUAACCUAAUGAUGCGCCCCCCCCCCCCCCGCAAUUUUUUAUGCCAUUUUCUCAAUGGAUUACUCAAUUAUUUUAUAAUAUACUUUUUUAGUAUUAUAUUUUAUCACAUUUUGCAUUAAUAAAAACUGAUUUUCUAAUAAUAAUUUUGGUCAUAUCAGGUAAUAUUUCCAUCCUGAACCGACAGAUGCCAAACUGCUUUUGUUGAGGAAAGUGUGCGGGGUUGCCAAUUUGAUUUGCAAGAUCCCUUUCAAUUAUCAAAGCACCAGAAACGUAUUUUCACAUUAGAAGCUAUAAUUAUGUAAAUCAUAUAUACUUUUUCUCGUCUUUUAAACACCCCCCCCCCCCCUGAAAUUUUAAUGACGCAGUCUGCAUCGUUACCCCCCUUGUGGGCACCCCUGGGUUCCCUACCACGUUCGUGCAACUUCGGACUUCUCUCAAAAAUUGAAAUUUAAAAAAAAAAUCGAAGGGUUAGGUUAGGUCAGGUCAGUCACAACAUGCUUGUUUUCAUUGGAAACUUCUGGUUUAGCGGCUGAAGUGGCGUUAAUACCAAAACGCAAAACUUCGGAAAUCUUCGGAAAUUCUUUCUGGGAACCGAAAAUACGUGAGUUGUAGGCUUCCCACCGCCUCCACCGCUUGUACAUACCAACCUCUCGAAAUAAAACUGUUUGUUUUUUUAUUUAUUGUUACAAAAAAAAA